UUGUCUUCUUGUAUGGCCCAAAGUUCUGUAUUUAAAAUAUCAGCGUAAGCACGAUCCUUCUUUGGCCAUGUCGGCUGACGAUAUAUGACGUAUUGUUUACACUAAACAUCAACUCUCAAUAUAUUGUAAGGUGCAUUACAAUUGGGACCAUCUUUAAUUCGGCAAGAAACAGAAUGGACCUCCGAGCGAUUUUUAUUGCAUUGUGCCUAAUCACACUCUGCUCAGGCAAACCAACAUCAAAUGAACAAUGCCGGUUGCCAUCUUUAGAGCAGUUCGACUCAAACAUGCUAACUGGAACCUGGUAUCAAGUCCUUAGACCCACAGUACCACUUGGGAAAAGUGUACUAUGUUUUGUCAUCAAAGACGUCCGGGAAACACAAAAAGAUUCAUACGCAAGAGGAUUAAUCAUUCAUCCAUCAUCAAAUGGCAACAUUGCAUUUGAAGAUUUACCUAUGCAUUUCUGGUUUAGAAACAAUACGUCGAUACAUCAAAUGGACAAAAAAUAUGAAUAUAUCUUCGUCGAUUUGGAAAAAAAUCUCGGUGUUAGCGAUGAAGGAGUUAAGGAGAUUGACGGAUUUUUUUCGACGGAAGCUAGUCAACUGUCAGACUAUGAAAAUUACAUGAUCUGGAUGCAGUGUGGCCCUAAUGGUGAACGUUUCGCUGCUGGCUUCACACGAACCAAUCAUCCAAGUCCUGAAAAUAUUCUUCAAAUUCGCAAUGCGCUGAUAGAAGCUGGAGGUGGAUGGAGUCAAGUCCAACUACAUCUUACUAGUUGCACAAAACUUGAUAUACCCUACCCAGAAGCAUAAGUAUUUUGUGAAAAAUCGAUUGCUGUUGAGUCAAUGAUGGUAUGUUAUAAUAUACAUAAAAUCAUAUUUCUUCAUUGCAUAUCCGUUACAACUUUUUGUAUGGAGCAAAUAGCAGAUGCAGGAAGAAAGGUUUCGAUGAGAACUCAUAGACU